UUAUUCUAUUGAUUUAUAGAUAUGUCUUUUUUAGUCCCUCAUAAUAGAUCAUUGAUGUAUAUUGAAAUAUGGUUAAUUCUGUGUUGAUCUGAGAUUAUACUUCUGCUCAGCUGGGGCAGUGAAAAAAGGGUUUAAAAAAGGGUUUCCACCACAGAGGUGUAAGAAACUAAAUGUAAAUUUUUCAUUAUAUUUGUAUGCAUUUCUAUUUAGCAAAAGCAUUUAAUUUAAAAUAAAGAUAAAAAAGCAUACUUGUGUCAAACCUCCUGUUACGUCCUUAGGUGGCUCAAGCCCAGAGAAAGAGGUGGAGUAACAAUAUAAAAUGAAAACAACAGAUUCUGUGCAAACAAAUUGCAGAUAUUUAUUAACAGUUAAAUAAACAAAACACACACAAAUGGAACUCAAGUCCUACAGCUAAAAACAACUUCCUAAGGAGAAAGCCAAUCAACUGAAUAACUAACCUGACUGAACACAACUUCAGUUUGUAAGUGUAAAGAGUGUCCUGGAGGACAAAGGUCCAGAUACAGAAGAACUUUUCCUUUCACUCAGGGAACAGUGGUUUCAGUCUAAACAGCAGACUGUAAUGUGAUUUCCUGUAAGGGAGCAACUUUCCAUGCAGAGAUCAACAGCAUCGAAAGUGAAACAUCUACCUCCAUUUUAAAUGGUGCAUCUUAUAUAAUGGACCCCAUAUUACGCAAUAGACUUUUUUUUUUUUUUUAUUGAACUUUUUCUUAUUACAAUAAACAAUAAGGACGUCUGACAAAAAAGAAAAAUAUGACAUCCUCUAAAUGUACAAAAUAAAUCUUAUUGUCUUAUAAACUAAGAGUCACACCUCCUGCAAAUCAUCUGAAAAGACAUUUUCUAUACUGUUCACAUGACAAGGGAGAACAACUUAGACUAAAAGAGCUCAAAACAAUAAAAAUAUUACGCAAUAGACUGUGUGCCAGUAGACAUAAAUCACAUCAUGAACUCAAACUGAAAUCGAAAGUUUGAAAUGUAACAUUUAUUAUAAAUAUCAGUGUAAAUGUAUUAAACACCUUGUUACGUGUCAAUAGUGGUUUAGUGGAAACAGAUAUGAACUAUAACUUACCUACCCCGUGAUUUCGUUUAAUUACGUAAUCUAACUACGCAUACAACACAUUCUCAGUUGGCAGGCACAACUCAGCAGAACAACGCUCUUCUAUCUAAUGUCAUUGCUAAAGCCCCUAUAUAAUCACUUGCAUCUUUGACAAAUCAAUACAUCUGCCUAUAAAUAUGUGCUUGAGUUUCUCAGUCAGCUUAUUGCGUUUCUGGAGACCUAUCCAAGCCAGCUAGACGACAGGACCUUUGAAACCUCAGAUAUUCCUUUUAAAUAAGACAGUUUAUUAGACAACUCGCUUAUACUGUCAUUAAUUGCAAAGAUGAUCCACAAAGAAGUUGCCGUUGAAGCUUUGUGCGCACUUUGCAAUGCCAAUGUAACUACUGAUAAAAACAUAUCACAAUCUGGUCAUUCCGGAGAUGGCUGUGAUGGAGGAGCAGCAUGGGAGCACCUGCACAUCAAAAAUUUCAUCCAUUCAGUCUUGAAGGGAGAUGAAACCUGCCCGGUGUCAAGAUCCCACUUUGUCCAGCUCCGAAGCAUCUUGCAAGGUGAUGGACCGGCAACAGACUCUGCCCCAGAGAACCACGUGGAUAUUGAAAGAGUAUUCGAAAGAAAUCACUUCAUCAACGAAGAUGAAUUCUUUCAUCCAGGAUUCGACUAUGAUUUCACCAAUUUGAAAGACACCAAGAACUAUUACAGAGGAGGAGAGGUGUAUCAACGCCCAUGUGGAUGGCAGCGUUUUGCCCUCAAGGUCCUGGAUAAGUAUGAUGAAAAUACCUGGCUGGGAAACCGAUACCGAAGCACAGAGUCAGUGCCAGGAGAGUGGCCUGUGUCCUACCAUGGGACAUCAAAGGCAGGUGCUGAAGGCAUCAUCGAAAGAUCCUACGAGCCAGGUGAUCGUAAGAUGUUCGGCAGGGGGAUUUAUUCUACUCCAUACAUCUCUGUAGCGGAAAUCUACAGCAAAACAUUCACCUCCAAAAAGACAGGAAAGAUGUACGAAGUGAUUCUGCAGAAUCGUAUCAACCCCGAGUACAGGGAGAAACACAACAACGACAAUUACUGGCUGGUUUCCAUCCCGGAAGGAACAUCAGUGACAGAAGAGCAUAAGAUGGUAGAAAGGGCCAUCCGUCCUUAUGGCCUCCUGUUGAGAGAGGUCUAACGGGGCGAGACAAACCCACAAAUUUGAACACUUAUUUCCUUUGCUUUAUUUUGAAAUGACAGUGGGUGGGUUGUCUUUGAAGCAUAACUAUGUCAUUGCUAGUCCAUGAAAAAUACUCUGAUGUUGUCAAAUGUAAUGUUUCAUUUGAAUAUAUAGAUGAAUGUGCUGGGGGGGAAAAGCUAUUCUGCAUUUAAUAAACACAAUUUAAAACAGA